AUGCCUUCUGCUACUACAUCUGCUUUAUUCACUCCUAUCAAAAUUGGGCAACAUCUUUUGAAACAUCGAGUUGUUUUGCCUCCUAUGACUCGUAUGCGUGCUGAUGAUCAUGGUAAUCCUACUGAACAAUAUGCUGAAUACUAUAAGCAACGUGCUACUCCUGGUGGUUUAUUGCUUACUGAAGCUACCGCCAUCUCCCCUUCUGCUGGUGCUUUUCCUCAUACUGCUGGUAUUUACACCAACGAUCAAAUUGCUGCAUGGAAAAAAGUGACGGACGCUGUGCAUGAAAAAGGUGGUAUUAUCUUUGUUCAAAUUUGGCAUGGUGGUCGAGCUUCCUUCUCCUUCCUUUUGCCUGAUAAUCAAUCUACUGUGUCUGCAUCUGAUAUUGCUAUUGAAGGUAACUCACCUUUUGGUGCUCCCUAUGAAAAACCUCGUGCUUUGGAAGUGGAAGAAAUCAAGUCUAUCAUUCAAGAUUUUGUUCAAGCUGCUAAGAAUGCUAUUGCUGCUGGUUUCGAUGGUGUUGAAAUUCAUGGUGCCAAUGGUUUUCUUGUGGAUCAAUUCAUUAACACAUCAAGCAACAAACGUACUGAUCAAUAUGGUGGAUCUAUCGAAAAUCGUACCCGAUUCGCUUUGGAAGUGGUGGAUGCAACUACUAAAGCUAUUGGUGAUGACAAGACUGCCAUUCGUCUUAGUCCUUGGGGUGGAUUCCAUGAUAUGAAGGAUGAUACAGCUCUUGCUACGUGGAGUUACAUUACUGAACAACUCGAAAAGAAACAUCCUCAUUUGGCCUAUCUCCAUUUCAUUGAAGCUCGCUCUGACCCCAUGACUGAUACUCCUACUGAAUUGAAGGAAGGUGAAAAAACAGAAACUCUUGAUCCUUUCCGUGCUCUCUGGUCUGGUCCUUUUAUCUCUGCUGGCAACUAUACCUAUGAUAUGAAGUCUGUUUUCGAUCGUGCUGAAAGUUCUCCCAACAACCUGGUGGCUAUAGGUAGAGCUUUCAUCGCCAAUCCUGAUCUAGUAGAACGCCUUCGAAACAACUGGAAACUCAAUCCUUAUGAUCGUGCUACUUUUUACACUUCUGGCCCUGAAGGUUACACGGAUUAUCCUUUCUAUGAUGCAAAGAAUUAGUUUUAUACUUUUAGAUAAGUGCUUAGCACUUGCUAUAUUUUGUAUACCAUCUACG